AUGUUCAACACACUAAGCAAUAAAGAACGCUUCUUAAGAAUUUUUCUUGUCAUAUCCGUUGUGACGGCUGUGGUAGCUGAGCCAAUGGCGUUCAGCUUGCAGAAUACACAAUCCCAACCACUUCUUUUGAUUGAGCGAAUGAAACCGGCGCCAAGACCGUGCCUUGAAAACCAAGCCAAUUCAAAUCGUACGGGGCUAUAUGUGAUGUGGCAAAAGCUUCUGGUUCGUGUAACGUCACAGUGGCAACAGUCAGUUUUGGCGAAGAGUUUUGGCGUGAAAAAAGUCCCAAACGAGCAAGAAAUGGCGCCUUACAAUAUUGAAUGUGGCAAUUUUGGAAACAUGGCUGCAGAAGUGGCAAUGGAGAGACGCAUUGUUAAUGUCGUGCUCACGCUGACGCAGCUAUUGUUGGCUUUGGAUAUCGUUAUACUUGCGGUGGUGUUCGCAAUGCUGAUCAGCAGCUUUUGCACAACUAAGAAACCAACUGAAGCGGAAGUGGUGAAGGCGUAG